AUGGUCGGCGCCGCCACGACAUACACCUUCGUCUGCCAUCUCGGGGCGACAACCAACAACGCCAACAACGCAACUCUUGGGUUCGCGCACGGCAUGCUCUACUUUUUGUCGUUUGAGACUGAGACCAACUAUUCGUUUGCCGCGCGUUUGUGUUGGCUCACCAAAGGCGUGCAUCCUAGUUUGAGCAGGUUGCGUAUCGAUCCGCCGUUUGCGCGCCGAUCGCUGGGACGACGCGCCGCAGGUCGGCAUGACCACGUUCCUCUUGGGCAGCGCCAACGCCGCGAGGGCGGACUGCUCGGUAUGCGCACGCGCCCGAUAGACUUUGGGCUGUUGCUGGUUGACAGGGAUGGCGGUGGUGGAGGCGGCGACAACCUGGACCUCAUCAUCGGCGUAGCCGUUGCGGUGCCCGUGGCCGCUGUGUUUGCCGUGACGAUCGUCUCUGCGACGGUGUGCGUGAUCGCGAUCAAGCGCAGGAUGCAAAUCUAG